AUGUUUGUGGUUACUUUUAGAUGCCUGGUGAAUAAUCAGACUCUUUGUGACAAAGUAAAAAACGCGUUUACUACUGCGGCACAAAUCAUUACUGCCGCGAUCGCGUUUACCACUCCUGUAACCGUCAAUGCUACCUUCACUGAUUUUUGUUCACUUUUGAGUCAAUGUGCUACAACUUCAGGAACUCUAACAACUAUUCAAUUUUUAGACGAUGAUGGUGUACAACGAUUAUAUCCUCAGUCCCUUAUGAAACAGAAAAAUGUUACUGGUGUUAAUCGAUCCUUUUACUCUGAUUAUGACAUUUUAGCCCUUUUCAACAGUCAGGCAGAUUAUUGGUUUGAAGGUGAUGGUUUUACUUCUGGUUAUGAUGAUUUUCUUAAUACACCACCGGAAGCAUUGACACCACAAAUCAUGUACGCUCAAGGUCCCGGUGGUAUGAUAUUUGCUGGUUUUAUAGAAAUGGCAUUUGAUAAAUGUAUGGUUAUCCUUCCAUCUGGUCAACGUGUAACAAAUAUUACACAACAACUAAAUACCUUUAAAGGAACAUUUAUUAAUGGACAAGAUUUUAUAGCCAAAUUUAAAGCUUCACCCCAAUACCAAUUGGCUCUUAAAAUGAUGGCUGAAGCCACCACGCCUCAUUCUUUAGGACUUUUACCCCCUAAUUCUACUGAUGUUAAAGAUGCUAUAAUUCUUGAGACAACAAUAAACCCUUAUAGAUCUGGUUCAAGUGUUAGUCAUGUGGAUUAUAAAACUUAUACUAAAACUAGUGACUUUUUAAUGAGAUACUUGCAAGAACGUGGUAUAACAUUACGUCAAUCAGUGGCUUUGGGUGGGAGUUAUCCUAAUGGACCUAUAGGACCAAAAUUAAGAAUAUUUUUACAAUCAAUAGGGUAA